ACCUUCCUCCGAAAAGCUACAUCCGGUUUGGUUUUCGCUUUUAUGAUAUGUUUUAUCACGUGAUACCCGACAUAUGUUUACUCGAUACAAAAUGGACGUUAGUACAAUCCGUGCAUCAACAGUGUGUAAUUUACAAAAUUUCUUGAAAGAACGGGGGAUUAGCGCUCAGAAAUUGAACAAAGGACACCUUGUAAGGUUUUGUGAAGCGGUACUUCAUCUUGACUUACCAAAAAAUCCCGAAUAUAUAAAUAUUUCAUCAACUAAUGACGUUAUUCGCAAGCUCGAUGCACUGGGGUGCAAGGAUCCUCUCACCAUGGAUGGGUUUUCAAAUACUCUGUCUGAUAUUCCAAAUAUUACUCUUUAUGACGUUUUUAAUUAUCUAAUAACAUCGAGAUCUGACUACGACAGAAAAAAACUCAAAGCUUACAAAUCAUGCGAGGAUUAUAGACUAUAUUUCGAUGGUCAUGUGGAUGAUUUGGAGUACCACGGUCUCUCUAAAGAAGAACCCUUAUGUCUCUUCAGAGCAAAAGUCAAACCAACUCAACGAGAUAAAACUUACUUGAAUGAAAGUUACUAUAAAUUAUGGAUCUGCAUUGGAAAACAGCAUGGCAAUGUUAGAUCAGCAUACUGCACAUGUAUUGGAGGUGCUGAUGGUGCAUGCAGACACAUAGCAGCUGUACUGUAUGAAAUAGAGGCGUAUGAUGAGAAGUCAUCCACUGACGGGGAGAAUAAAUGGAUCAAAAGACCAAGACAUCAUGAUUGUCCAGUUCCAAUUAAAAGAUUAAAAAUUAUGAAAGCAAAGUAUCACAAGAAUCCAGCUGCAGCAGAUGUCAAUAAUAACUACACAAACGACGAGUUUGAUCCUCGUGCUGUUGUUGAGGAAAUGAAUGAUGAAAAACUGGAUUCUUUUUAUGCAUCUUUACAAAAGAUUGACCCAAAUACACAGGCUUUGGAUUUGCUGGAAAGUAAAUUUGAUGAGUCGGAUGUACGAAAAACAAAUGAUGAUCAGUGUGCCAUGUGGUCCAUUUGUGAGAAAUCAGUGAAUUUUCUUGAUGAAAAAAAGCUAAACUAUCAGUCUGUUGAUGAAGUACCAGAUUCUUUAUGUGAUACCUUUCUAGAAAAUAUCCAUGCCAGUGAAGAAGACAUCCAGUAUGUUGAGUCGCACACAUAUGGACAAUCUGAUAAUUCCAACUGGCAUGUAGCACGUAAAGGAAUGAUUACUGCAUCAAAUUUUAAAAAGGUGUGUGAUUGUGUGGCUCAUAAAAGAAAUCCCAAUUACUUGAAGAAACUGUUAUUGGGUGCAUAUAGUGAUGCAAAAUCAGCUUCCCUUGCAUGGGGUGUAAAGAAAGAAAGAUGUGCAAUGAACUUGUAUAAGAGAGUGGCAGGAAAGAAGCAUAUUGGCAUGGAUAUUAAAUUUCCUGGAUUGCGCAUAUUCAAAGAUAAACCUUACCUAGGUUGCAGUGUUGAUGGACUGUUACAUAAUGUAACAUGCAAAUGCAAACAUCACGGUGGGACAAAAAUUAUUGAAAUAAAAUGUCCAUAUAGUGACAGGGAAAAGCUACCGAAGGAAGUGGCUCUUCUAAAAGGAUGCGUUAUGAAUUCUAAUGGAAAUUUACAAUUAACUCAGAGUUCAGACUACUAUCCCCAAAUACAGGGUCAAAUGGGUAUCUAUAACUGUCAAUUUGCUGACUUGGUCAUAUAUACCAAACAGGGAAUCCAUGUUGUUGAAGAUAUUGUGUAUGACGAAAAAUAUUUCAGUGAUAUGAUUGAAAAAUUAGAAAUGUACUUUAAGAAUAUUUUGCUUAAAACUAUGUUUGUCAAUUGCAACAAAACUACAUUUGUAGAAUAGUAAAAUUGUAUACUAUCUGGAUUUAUCUGUUUGUAUUACAAAAUAUUGUCAACCACAGUAAAACAUGGUAUAUAGCGAACCUCAAGGGUCAAUGAAAAACAGUUUCUUAUAACCAAACUUUGUUUUAUCCAAUACAAUUUUCAUUUUUUCCUCUCUCAGAGGAGAAUAAAUAUCACUUCACAAUAAGAAUGAAUUUGUUAUAUGCUUGUUUGUUAUAAGCAUGUUUUACCGAAUAUUGAAUUUUUUUUUAGAAGCCUGUAAAAAUUGUUUUAAAGUGCUGUUUAAUCCAGAAUGGGGUCUAAUUCAAUAUUUUGAUUGGAAUGGAGUCAGUGGUAUCUGUACGAGAGUAUUCAGAUAUCCUGAGUGAAAAAAUUAAGCAAGACUGGUUAUGACAUUUCACAUUUAUUGUAAUUUUAGUUGUAUGUACAAAUUUGAUUUAUUUCAUCCGAAAUAGAUUGGAUUGUCAAUAAAUCUCUAGAAAUUGUAAUAUCUUA